UAAAUGUAGAUGUCUGCUGCUGGUGUUUGCUAAACCCUAGUUUGCUAACCAGCGUUUUUCUCUCGGCGCGUGCUGCAGUGGUGGUGUAGUGUUUAUCAGACAAGAUGAAGUUCAAUAUCGCGAAUCCCACAACUGGUUGCCAGAAGAAGCUCGAGAUCGAUGAUGACCAGAAACUCCGGGCAUUCUUUGACAAGAGGAUUUCUCAGGAAGUCAGUGGAGAUGCCUUGGGAGAGGAGUUCAAGGGAUACGUGUUCAAAAUCAUGGGAGGAUGUGACAAGCAGGGUUUCCCAAUGAAGCAGGGAGUUCUUACUCCUGGCCGUGUCCGCCUUCUUCUUCACCGAGGCACACCAUGCUUCAGAGGAUACGGCAGGAGGAAUGGAGAGCGUAGAAGGAAGUCUGUCCGUGGAUGCAUUGUGAGUCCGGAUCUUUCGGUAUUGAAUCUGGUUAUCGUGAAGAAAGGGGAGAACGAUCUUCCUGGGCUAACUGACACCGAGAAGCCGAGAAUGAGGGGGCCGAAAAGGGCAUCAAAGAUUCGCAAGCUGUUCAACCUCUCCAAGGAGGAUGAUGUCAGGAAGUAUGUUAACACCUACCGUCGCACCUUCACAACCAAAACCGGUAAGAAGGUUAGCAAGGCACCAAAGAUACAGAGGCUGGUGACUCCAUUGACCCUUCAGAGGAAGAGGUCGAGAAUUGCAGAGAAGAAGAAGAGAAUCGCAAAGGCGAAUGCAGAUGCUGCUGAGUACCAGAAGCUUUUGGCAACCCGCUUGAAGGAGCAGAGGGAACGUCGCAGUGAGAGUUUGGCAAAGAAGAGGUCGAGGCUGUCUGUUGCUUCCAAGCCUUCUGUUGCUGCUUAGGCUCUCUCGUUUUGGUGAUCUGGCAUUGUAGUAGUCGAGGGAACUGUUGUUUGUUUAAAUUGUUCAUGUGAAGCUCGAUCAUGUAACCGGGUGGAUUCCAUGCUUAUCUCCGUUGGCUUUGCUCUCUCAUCCUAUCAGCACGUGUGUUCUCUUUCUGUUUC